AUGCUCCGUCAACUCCGUGGUAGCGGAGGAAGAGCUAAUACCCCUCACGGAGGCGUCAUUAAGGACCUCUUCGUUCGCGAUACUCCGCGGCACGCUAAGCUUCUGGCCGAGUCGGACACCCUGCCCGCCUUAACCCUGACGGAACGCUACCUAUACGAUCUUAAGCUGAUCCUUAAUAGCGGCUUUUCUCCCCUGGAGGGUGGUAUAGUUAUAGAAAACCGAUUAGCCGAUAGCGCCUUUUUUAGAAUUAAGCCCGGUGCCUAUAUUACCCUAUACGACCUUUAUAAUAACCGCGCUCUCGUUAUCCUUACCGUUGAGGAUAUAUACAGGCCCGAUAAGUACGAAAUAUAUGAGGUCUUUAGCAGUCCCGAUAAUAAGACCUACCCCGGUAUUAAGUACCUCUUCUAUAUAGCUAAGGAAUUCUAUAUUAGUAGUAAGACUUAUAACCCUAUAUACUAUACCUAUCACGAGCUAACGCCCGGCGAUAUUAACUACUUUACCCGCGUCCGUUAUACUACUAUCCGUAAAAACCACGGCGUAAUACACUUUAUCAAUAAGCACGGUAUUAAGAUACUGGCUAAUAUGAUUCCUAAGGGCACCCGUAUAGCUAAUAUCUCCGGCACUAAGCUCCGUUACCGCCUAAGGACCGUUAAGGUUCUCCACGAGCAGAACCCCCUACCUUCGACUAAGGGCUUUACCAGUGGCGGGCGGUCCGUAUUAAUACUAUUAAGCGAGAUAGUGCGCCGCGAGGACCUAUCGGAGCUAAUACGCGCCGGUGCGACCCUUAUAGAGAAGUCGGGCCCCUUUUUCCUUAUUUACGUGGUAAUACCGCUCGAGUACCCUAAGAAGACAGACCGGCGAAGUAUCAAUAAGAAGGCCCGGGCCGGUAAGAUUAAGGGUUUUACAGGCGUCGAUAACCCGUAUAAGAACCUCGUUAAGCCAGACUUAAUCAUCUUACUGCUUAAGAGCUAA